CUUAAUAAAUAGAACACAAGCCCAAAAGAAAGAGAAGAAAAACCCAAAAUAAAUUGGGCCAAACACGCCCUAGGGUUUACAUAUUCUUCUUUGCAGCGCGAAACAGAGCAAGCACUCACAGUAGCCGGAUUUUGCAGGUGCAUCUUCUUCUUCCUCAGGUGAGUUGCGAAGAUGUUCACAUCAAGGAAGAAAAUCAGCAAAGAUAAGGGUGCUGAGCCAACUGAAUUUGAGGAAUCGGUUGGACAGGCUUUGUUUGAUCUAGAAAACACAAACCAUGAGUUGAAAAGUGAGCUGAAGGAUUUAUAUAUAAAUUCAGCAGUUCAAAUUGAUGUUUCUGCAAACCGCAAGGCUGUACUUAUCAAUGUUCCCUUCAGAUUGAGGAAGACUUUCCGCAAAGUUCAGGUCAGGCUUGUUAGGGAGCUUGAGAAGAAAUUUAGCGGCAAGGAUGUAAUCCUGAUUGCCACCAGGAGGAUUGUAAGGCCUCCAAAGAAAGGUUCCGCUGCUCAGCGCCCCCGCAGCCGCACACUCACUGCUGUGCACGAGGCAAUUCUGGAGGAUGUCGUAUUUCCUGCUGAGAUUGUUGGAAAGCGUAUUAGAUACCGAGUUGAUGGAUCAAAGAUCAUGAAGGUGUUCUUGGACCCUAAGGAGAGGAACAAUACCGAAUACAAGCUGGAAACAUUUACUGCAGUUUACAGAAAACUUUCAGGCAAAGAUGUUGUGUUUGAGUAUCCCGUUACUGAGGCUUAGGUUCUAGUUUUUGCAGUUUCGAUUUUUUUUUUCAUGAAUUGCAUAUGCUGAAUGUUGCUGGUUAAAUUUUGCUCAAGUUGCCCAUGAUUCUGGAUUUUGUUUGGUGACUUUGAAAUUUUUUUUUGUCUAGUUUAUGAAUGUGGAUCCAAAUUUCUACUUA